AUGUACACGCAGUCGAAGUUCUGUGACGAAGAAAAGGCAGGAAGGGAUGCAGUUUCUGGUGUCGACGCUUGGGAGAACACGCCGGACGGAUCAGAUUUUCUGUCCCAUUUCUCGCUGAGAGAAAAGGAACUCUUAUCCGUUUCCAUGAAAAAGCUAGAACAGUUAGAAGAGGACAACGCGGUGAAAAUUUUCAUCAGGUUGUUUCAAGAAAAUCCAGCGUACAAAUCUUUGUUUCCAAAGCUGAGAUUCAUGGGCGACGCCGACAUUGUCAAUUCGACUGCACUAGUGGCACAUACACAACUGAUAUUGAAGAUGAUAAAGACUUUUAUUAAUGGGUUUCAGAACGAAAGCACCUGUGCCGUGGUACUGAAGAGAGCAGAAACAGCGCAUCGAAAGUUCGACAUAAAACCCUCGCAAGUUUCGACCUUGUUUCCGAUUCUGAUGGAAAUUCUCGACAUCAGCCAUAACGAAACGCAAGCGGCGUGGAAAAAGUUGUUCGAAACGUUCAGCAUCAGGAUUGAAAAAAUGAAACUUUAUUCGAUGUAA